AAUUUACAUACAAACAAAAUUUAAUUAAAUUACCCACCCAUUCUGAGGCAAUCAUAUAGAUAUCUACCCUUUGGACCUGGAGAGUUACGCAUGAUAACCUGAUUAUAUGGCUAUGGGUUCUGAAUUGCAUAAAUCUCAUUUGAAAAGAGGCCAAACCGAACUGUCAACCGUUCAACCAUUUGAAAUUUAUUGAAUUGAUUUAAACUUCUAAUCCGUAGUUCUGUAAAUGCUAUCGAGUGUUAAGCACUCCGACUGUCAACAUAUCGAAUUGCAUUUUACGGUCCAUUUCCUGAUAAAACCCUGGACAGUGUAUGACAGUGUCUCCCUUUGCCUCCAAAACAUUAUUUACGUUUUAAUUUUUAUUGAAAUACACAAACAAAGAGAAUGGGAGGAAGGUAGAUGGGUGGGAGAUGAGAAAAGGAUCCAAAAACAUGCCGCUUAAUGAAUUCAUGUCGCGGCAGGUCAGACGGAAACAGAAGCCACAGUUCGAUCCCAGUUCGGGUCGUUCCUCUAUUUUAAUUAUACACACGUCGUUGCCAUUACAUUUCAUUUCGUAUUGUUGUCAUUGCAUUCCCUCCAUCUCCACCUCCAUCAUUGAAAUAACCAUCACCUGCAAUGCCGUCUGUGUCUGCCUCCUGGUUCCUGACUCCUGGGCCACCUGCCAGUCACGUCAAUUACACGCCCACACAGUGGAAGAGCCGGCCAUUUAAGCCAUCUCCUCGGAUUGCCAAUGCGGCUAUACAUACACUCAUACGCACACAUUCAAACAUCUAGCGAUGCCAAAAGGGCUACCGAAUUUUGCAGGCCAAAAUGUUUGGUUUAAUUGGUUUUGGAGCACAUUGAAGCAUUGAAUGGGUUUGGAUUAUAUGCUACACGUCACUUCCUUCUUUUUUUUAUUUUUAGAAAUGUUGUUGUGCCUUGUUGAUUGCCAACAUUUGGCUAAGUGAAUUGGUUAUCUAUCGUUGACUAUGCCAUAGAUCACUGUUCCAACUUUACUCGGAGUUGAGGUAGUAGGCCGUGUCUUUAACUGUUUAGUUUUAAAAUUCAUUAAUAUUUCUUUAGUCUAGCAUAUCACAAUAUCUAAAAAUCAACUAUAUAUAUUUUUAGUUACAACACGUUUUCUCUUUUUUUAUUCUUACGUUAAUUUUUCAUGUAUUAAGCGAAACUCGAUCCCGAAUCUAUAUAUAUAGAUAGUUUCUGUCGAAUAACUUUCAAAUUUCGCAGUAUUUUUGAAGGUUCAAUUCCCUUUAGGAUAUCACAUGAAAAUGAAGCCUUCUUCGCUGUUGCGUCUACGCAACAUUUGGAUCAUGUCCUGUUGGCUACGUAAUGAGGCAAUUACCGCUGCUGCAAUGGUGGUGCGUCGACGGGAUAACAACGUGCAGCAACCUGAGAAUGACCAGAAGCACGAAUUAGAAGCGGGUCAAGUGGGCGUUGAUGCUCAGGGAAAACUGCGCAUCGUUCGUGUAAUGGAUGAUUACAUUAUACCAGCCGAGUGCGGUUUCUAGCUAUAGAAUUUAAGAGAGAAUCAAUCUAACAAGUUAUCCAAAAUUUUCGUCAUUUGUAUUUAUAUUUACCUCAAAGCUAAUCCAAUUAUUAUGGGACGUUGUGCGACUGAUCUAAAUGCGAAUAUAAAUGGAAUACCUUUUAAUACGAAGUAACGUCUUGUGGGAAUUGAACAAAGAGAUUAGUUAAAUGUACAUAAAUGUUUGUCUGACAAAUAUAAAUGAAACACGGUUGAAUAAACAUUAACAACUUAUGAAAACU